AUGUCGCCAUAUUCCGGAGCAAGCGCAAGCGUCCGAUUGAUCGACCCCUAUCAUGUCUGGCACUCGGGUCCUAUUUUCUCGCAAGUCACCUCAACCACGUGCCCCGCGCGCAUCGUGGCAACCUCUGGUCAGGUUGGAAAAGACGUUAAUGGCAACCUGAUCCAAGACCCGGUGGCUCAGAUAGAGCAGGCAUUUCUGAACUUGCACAAAGUACUGGCUGCUGCGGGAGCCAGAGUGCAAGAUAUUUUCAAACUAGUAUGGUAUGUGGUCGACCACGAUCCGAACAAUCGUCUAUACAGGGCACCCCUUAUCAAAUUCUUGAAUGGGCACAGACCAGCUACUACACUCGUUCCCGUCCCCACCUUAGACAGCCCAGGCUUUAUCUUUGAGGUCGAGGCGUACGCUGCGGUUGAGCAAUGCCCAAUUCAAAAAGUUGAUGUCGUUGUCGUUGGUGCGGGUCUCAGUGGCCUUAAAGCAGCCUACGAUAUCCAAAAAGCAGGAUACUCGUGCCUUGUCGUCGAGGCGCGAGACCGCGUCGGCGGUAAGACGUGGUCUGUUGAUCCACUUGGAAAUGGUAAUUACAUAGAUCUUGGCGCAGCUUGGUUUAAUGAUACAAAUCAGUCGUACGUACACGAACUUGUCAUGUCCCUAGGGCUGUCAAUGGUUGAGCAGUACACUAUUGGCAGCGUCAUUCAAGAAGAUCUGGGAGGAGGUCUGUCUACGUUCGCAUAUGGGACUACGCCUUCGGCAUUGGCAGAAGCUGGCGGAGCCGAGAACAUAUCCUCUAUACUCAACUUAACAGAGACUAUAUGCCAAAAUAUAGAUAUUCACAAUCAUCUAGGGACUGAGACAGACCUGGACAAAUAUACUUUGGAGGCAUGGGCCAGGAAAGAAGGGGCAGGUGAGAGUGCGCUUGCAGCUGUGCGAGUCUGGACUCGUGCUAUGCUCGGCGUUGAGCCUUCCGAACUCAGCGCUUUAUACUUUAUGGACUACUGCAAAAGUGGAGGAGGAUUGAUUAGAAUGAGAUCUGACAAGAGAGAUGGAGGACAGCACUUCAGACUAACUCAAGGUACCCAAUCAAUUUCCAAGGGCCUGGCACACUUAUUAGCCUCAGGGUCAGUCAUCUUGAAUUCUCCCGCUCGAUCUAUCGAGCAGCUGCCAGAAGGGGUUCUUGUAUCGGCUGGUCGUGGCGAUAUUCUUUGUCAACGGGUUAUUGUCUCGGUCCCUACUCCUUUAUACAAGGAGAUCACCUUCUCGCCACUUCUCCCCGAGGCUAAGCAGGCCCUCAGCCAGUCAAAUAAACUAGGCUAUCAGCUGAAGGUAAUGAUUGUUUACGCCGAACCAUGGUGGCGUGCCGGUGGUUUGUGUGGACUGAUGCAGUCAUUCGAAGGUCCAGUCGCGGUGACACGAGACAGUAGUGUUGAAGGGAAGCAAUACUCAUUAACAUGCUUUGUGCCUGGUGACUCAGGGAGAAAACUAGCUUCUGGUACUCAGAAGGAGCGGUUCGAUGCGGUGCUAGCACAGAUUGCGCGUGUGUUUGGACCUUUCGUUGGCGGCAAAGUACCACAACCGCUUGCUAUGGCAGAGCAUGAAUGGGCCAAGGAUCAAUGGGCUCAAGGGUGCCCUUGCCCAGUUUCACCUCCUGGGGUCAUGACACAGUUUGGACAUGCUUUAAGAACUCCUCACGGAAAGGUGCAUUUUGUUGGAACGGAGACCGCUUUCGAGUGGAAAGGAUACAUGGAUGGAGCAAUUCGUUCCGGAGAGAGGGGAGCAAAAGAAGUCAUUCAUAUGCUAAGCAGACCCAACAUCUAG